AUGUCAGCAACUUCCAUUAAGAAUUAUUCAUACAAUAAUAACAACAACAGCAACAACAACAGCAACAACAGCACUACAAAUCCUCGUUCCAAACUAUUCUUCGAUGACUUAUUACUACCAUCGUUAGGUCCCACCAAUAAUCACACUCAUUCAGCCCCAAUUCUACCAUCCAUUCUAUUGAAUAACAACCCAACAGAAUGUACAUUGAACAUCUUACUACAGAAAAAGGCAAACACCGCACCAGCAUCACCAACACAUUACCCAUCUUCUCAUUUCCACUUCCAUCAGAAAAAUAACAGCUAUUCCACCAUCACACCUCAGGCAUCACCAAUAUUCGAAAAGAGUCAAUUAACAUCCUCCUCAUCCUCAUCCCAAUUUAGACCGUAUUCUUUACCUUCACCAUUCAAUAAUACUUCCAAAUCACCCAUUUCUCCACCAAUUCAUCUACUUGAUCGUCUCCCCAAAUUAACGCCAACCACAUCCAACACAUCCCACAUUACUUUGACACCGUUGAGACACUUACAAUUAUUACCAGAUCCAAGAAUUCAAGAAAAUUCCUACCAUUAUCCAGACACAUCAGAACCAACACCAUAUUGGAAGGAUAACAUAAUAACAUGGUGCAAGGAGAAAAACUACCAGGAAUAUAAACAUAUAAUGAAUCAGAAGGGGUCCACCCCCCGUAUGAUGAAAUUAUCCUCCAUAUUGGAACCCAAAGAUCAAUUCCAAAAUUUAUCUAAUAACAGUUGGCAUUAUACGACACCUGUCACACCACCAAUGAGUCCACAACAUAACUCUCCCAAUUUGGUACAUGAAUCAUCUUAUUUGAGAAGUAGACAAACCUCAAUGGCAUCGGAUGAAACUGAUGAUGAAAGUGUGGCAAGUGAAGAAGAACAAGCAGAGGUGCAAACAGCCAUUGAGUUCACUCCAUUUAUAAGUGAAAAAUUAGUACAAACAAUAAAGAAACAAAAAUUAAUUUCCAAUCGUCAUAAGAAGACUAACAGUUUUAAAGCAUUAGAAGUGAAAAGGUUAUUGGACAAUAGAGACAUUCUUUCCAUUAAUUCCAAAUCGAAAACACCAAGGACUCAUCGCAUUUCCAAGAGACAUUCCAUUGGUGCAGCUGCAAAUAACCUAGUGAAAAGGAUUGAUUAUCAAAAUGGGAUCACUUCAGCCAGAUCUAGUAGCAAUUCCACUACUCCAACAAGUUCAGGUCAUACGACUCCCAGAUCACAAUCACCUAAACGUUCACGUUCUUCCUCCCCGCAUAAAUCCGCCAAAUACUAUAAAUUUGCAGUGGAUGCAUUUUCCCCAUCAUCAACACUAUCCACACCUUCUUCCAGGUCCAGAUCUAGAUCCAGAUCUUCUUCCCCCUCUCGUAGUCUCCAUUUAAAGACACCAACGCAAAACGAGAACAGAAGUGUGACAACGACUAUUCGCAAUAGUUCACCAACGAAGAAAUCAAGAAGAAGAUCAUCCGGUACAACACGUCAUCAUCAUCAUACCAUUCAAAGAAAAUGUGUCUCCUGCCACAGCAGCGAUUCGCCAUGCUGGAGACCAUCCUGGUCCAAGAUGAAAUAUGACCAAUUGUGUAACUCGUGUGGGUUGAGGUUCAAGAAGACACACACUAGAUGCCUCAACGAAUCCUGUUUGAAGAUCCCUACCAAGGGUGAACUAAGCAUCAUGAAGGCCAACGGCAUGGAGACCCAGUACGUGGAAGCAAGAAAGGCCUCAGUGGAGGGUUACAGAUGUCUGUUCUGCAACUACAUCACCGAGACCACUGUAUAG